AUGCUCUUCGAUUCCACAUUAUGGCUCACUGAGCGACAGAAAUACGGAGUGGCGUCCACUGCCGCAGGAGUGGUGUUUUUCGUCCUCGGCAUCAUGACAUUCUUCGAUUCCAGUCUACUUGCCAUAGGAAACAUCCUCUUUGUCAUUGGCGUUGUUUUAAUCAUUGGGCCAUCGCGUGCCAUCUACUUCUUUGCUAGGCCCACCAAGAUCAAGCCGACUCUUUUUUUCUUUGGAGGCAUCGCGUUGAUCUUGACCAAGCACUCAUUCAUAGGUUUUAUUAUCGAGAGCAUUGGAAUCAUGUUCCUCUUUGGUGAUUUCUUCGGAACCAUCGUGCUGUUUUUGCGGGCCUUCCCUAUUAUUGGGCCUAUUUUGAAGCAUCCGAUGGUGGAGCCCUGGGUGAAUCGUGUUGCUGGCUUGGAUACUUUACCUGUGUGA